AUGUCAGAGAAUGACCAUGUGUAUAUUACAGGCGUCACAGACGAACGCUCGGCAUUAACCGUACACAUGCGAACACAUUCUGGAGAGCGACCACACGUUUGCGAAUAUCAUGACUGUAAAAAAACAUUUAGCGAUAGUAGUUCGCUGGCCAGACAUCGACGUAUUCACACCGGGAAGAGACCAUACAAGUGUACUAUACCUGGGUGUGGAAAGAGCUUUUGCCGAAAAACAAACCUGACUAGACAUCAUCGACGGCAACACAUUCUUUCUGUGAAAACCGAUCGAUCUGUCGUCUGGCGACAAGUUAGAACAUCAGCAAUUCCAACACCUCUAUCGUCACCGUCAUCGCCGUCUACUUCAUCACUGAGUACGCCAACGACACCGACGUUUGCCUCGGCAGUGAAUUUCACGAUAGAAAAGAGAGGAAGAGACGAGUAUAACGUUGGUGAUAUAAAUAACGGUUACGCAAUCCAACAUCACAUGCAAAUACGUGACCAUCAAUAUCACGCCCCUACCGCUAACACUUCGACUUUGAUCACUGCCGACCCGUAUUCGUCAUCGUUCAGAAAUUGCCCUCUCCUCACAUCUGCACCGACGCCGUGUACUCUACCAGCAACACUGUAUCCGCGCCUUCCACAUCCAAGGAUGUUCUCGCAUGAAAAUGAGAAUAGGAUAUGCUCAAACGUACACGCUAAUUUAAAUCCGGUUGGAAUUUCAACCGGGCAUUCAUAUUCACAUGCACCCAGAGCAUGGCAUACGGACAGGAUACACGCGACUGCAAGAGUCUGUGCGAAACAGUCAGAGUUUGAGGGAAUCCAUGGCAGUCUUCGGUGGACAAACUAUUGA